UUUAAGCUUUGCCUUAUUCCUCCUAACCCUUUGGCUUCCUUCCACUACUCCGAUAUGCUUAUCCUUUUCAUUGUCUUGCUGAUUUUUGGGGUCAUGUAUCUUUACCGCAAUAGGCGUCUCCCUAUUAGUUGGCCCUUUUUCGGCAUGACACCCGAUAUCCUCCUAAACUGCCACCGUAUCCAUGAUUUCGCCACUGAUUUCCUCAAAGUUAAUGAUGGUACAUUCUUGCUCAAAGGUCCUUGGUUUGCCAAUGUAGACAUGUUAGUAACCUCUGACCCUGCCAACAUUCACCAUAUGUUAAGCAAGAAUUUCCCAAACUAUCCCAAAGGCCCCAACUUUCGUAACAUCUUUGAUAUACUUGGAGAUGGCAUUUUUAACUCUGAUCACGAGUUAUGGGAAGUCCAUAGAAAAACAACCAUGUCUUCUGUAUUCAAACACCCUGACUUUCAUACUCUUCUUGAAACAAAUAUCAUCAACAAAAUCAACAAUGGGCUUCUUCCUCUUCUAGAAUCCAUCUCAUUGAAUCACCUUGAGACGGAUUUGCAAGAAAUAUUUCAGAGGUUCACUUUUGAUGCUAUCUGUUUAUUGCUUUUAGAUUAUGACCCGAAAAGCUUGUCCCCCCAUUUGCCGAUCAUUCCAUGCGAGAAAGCCUUCACGUACGCUGAAGAAGCUCUCUUGUGGAGACAUAUUCUACCCGAAAAGGUGUGGAAGUUGCAACAAAAAUUCAGACUGGGGAAGGAGAAAAAGAUGAUUGAAGCUUGGAAGGCUUUUGAUGAAUUUAUAUACAAGUGUUUGUCUCAAAAAGUGGAAGAGGAUAAGGAGACCAGGUUGUUAACUUCUUUGGUUAGAGGUUUUGAAGGACAAAAUGGAACUUCUGGUGACCCGAGGAAGUUUCUAAAAGACACGAUACUCAAUCUGAUGAUUGCCGGGAGAGACACCACAAGCACAGCUCUCUCUUGGUUCUUUUAUCUUCUUGCUCAAAACCCGCGUAUAGAGAAGAAGAUCCGACAAGAGAUUGAGUACCAAUUAGGUGGUCGUGAAUGGCAAAGUCUAGGUGCAAAAGAGUUAGGAGGACUAGUUUAUCUUCAUGGAGGUAUAUGUGAAGCGUUAAGGUUGUAUCCACCUGUUGCAUUUGAGCACAAGUCUCCAUCUGAGCCGGACAUCCUUCCAAGCGGUCAUGUUGUCGAUAAGCACACCAGGAUAAUUCUGUCUUUUUAUUCAAUGGGAAGAAUGGAAGAGAUGUGGGGGGAUGAUUGCAUGGAUUUUAAGCCAGAGAGAUGGUUUUCUCAAAGAGGGAUAAAACACCAACCGUCUUACAAAUUCACCGCGUUUCAUGCUGGUCCGAGGACAUGCUUGGGUAAGGAAAUGGGAUUGAUUCAAAUGAAAAUGGUGGCGAGUGUCAUCAUUUACCAUUACAGUGUGGAGCUGGUCGAGGGUCAUAAAGUUCGUCCAAGUGAUUCCAUUAUACUUCAAAUGAAACAUGGCCUGAAGGUGAGGCUUUUCCCUAUCAAUUCACAAGCUUAAUAAUACAACGGAUUUGGCAUGUAAUUUCCCUUCAAAAUUUAUUGGUACUUCAAGUAUGAUAUGGGAAGACUAGGAUGCAGUGUUAUUUUCCAUUUCGCUGACUACAUGUCAAGUUAAUACAAAGUUCGUGUCACUGUAAGACCAUAUGUCAUUAGCAGUCAGCUUAAUGCCUUAA